GAAGAGGGGCUCCCUGAGGUGCUGCUGCUGCCUGUUCUACCCCGUCCUGAAUGCGCUGGGACUCUGAAACUUGUGCGGAACACAAUCCCAGAUCAGACGGAUAUACGAGUCGCAGAAAGACGGGAUCUUUCGCCAAGAUGCAGGGUCUGAGUUCCCGGGCUCACGCGUUCUCUGUGGAGGCGCUGGUCGGGAAACCCUGUAAGAGGAUGAAAGUGUCGGAUGAGUCAAGUUCAGCUGCAGACACCGGCAGCGAGACGAGCACCUUCACCGGCCUGAACGAAUAUCCUGUCAGUCAGAUGAAGAAAGCCGGUUCAUCAACUCCGAGGAGGGCAGAGGACACUUCCUGUGUCCCAGAGAGACAGCCUGUCAGGUCCGGGGCCGAGGAGGCUGACCCCGGUGUAGAGGAGAGCAAGCCCAAGGAGAGCGACCUCCUCCCGGACAGAGAGGUCCGGGUGGAUCUGCAGGGCUCCGAGCUGUGGAAGAGGUUCUAUGAGAUCGGAACCGAGAUGAUCAUCACCAAAGCUGGCAGGAGAAUGUUCCCCUCUGUGCGCGUCAAAGUGCGCAACCUGGACCCGGGCCAGCAGUACUACAUCGCGAUGGACGUCAUGCCUGUGGAUUCCAAACGCUACAGGUAUGUGUACCACAGCUCGCAGUGGAUGGUGGCGGGAAACACGGACCACUCCUGCAUCUCCCCGCGGCUCUACGUGCACCCGGACUCCCCGUGCGCGGGAGAGACGUGGAUGCGUCAGGUGAUCAGCUUCGACCGGGUCAAACUCACCAACAACGAGAUGGACGAUAAGGGGCAUAUCAUUCUCCAGUCGAUGCACAAAUACAAGCCACGUGUGCACGUCAUCCGGCACGACCCUCGCAUGGACCUGUCGCAGAUCCAAUCGCUGCCUGUUGAGGGAGUGCACAGCUUCUCCUUCCCUGAAACGGAGUUCACCACAGUCACAGCCUACCAGAACCAACAGAUCACAAAACUGAAGAUCGACAGGAACCCGUUCGCCAAGGGCUUCAGAGAUCCAGGAAGGAAUAGGGGAGUGUUGGAUGGCCUUUUGGAGUCCUAUCCCUGGAGAGGCCCUCUCAGCUUGGACUUCAAGCCGUUCACCAUACAGCUCCAAGGGAGCUCGGGGUCGCCGACCAGCAGUAUAAAGACUCUUCUCCCCCUCUCCUCUUCUUCUCCCCUACACCCGUUCUCCGUCUCUGCGCGCUCCUGCCAUGAUGCCGCUCUCCACACCCUCACUCUGCCUCUCUACGGAAAGACCUCCACGGCCUCUCCGCUGCCCAGUAGGGCCUUCUCCUCCCUGGGAGUAGACAGACUGAGAGGCCUGCCCCCACUACCAGACCUUCCUUUCUUCUCAGCGCUUCAGCCAAAGAAACCUCUCCAAUGUAGGGACCCAUGUCCGGGGAGCCUCUUCCCCCUCCACGGCCCCUUUGGUCCUCACGGGCCUUCUCUGCUCCCUCAUCUCUCUGACACUGCAGGCCCUUACUGUUUCUACCGCUACAGCUUCCCCCUGAACCCCCAACUCACAGCUCUUUCCCGGCACGCCAAACUAGCCGAAGACACCACAGACUGUCUGCUGCGCCCGUCUCCGUGGCACCCGACCACCAACCACUGCCUCUGACAGCUGGACCGCACUUUCAGGCUCCGGCCCAUUGAGUGUUAGGAGCCAGAGCUUAUUGCAACAACACAGAGAGGCCUUAUGCUCCAUUCGAGAAGGACUCAGAGGAGCAAUAAACAGUUUUGUAUGCCGUGUUGGACUUACACAAGAACUGAUCCUGAAGCAGAUCAUGUUGCUUCCUCUCCACUGUUCACACCAGCCAAAAAGCCCAUAGUGAACACAAAUGUAGACAGGGUGUAGAUUUUUAUUCGGGACAGUUUGUUUAUACCGCAGGGCAGAUCCCUUUUUUUCCCCCAUAACUAAUUCACAUGCUGUAACUAAAGGGCGUCAGAACCUGAGGUAUGUAAUAUAAAUAUGAAUGAAUGACUGUUAAGCUGACCA